AGCUUCAUGUUGACAGUGUACAUGUCAGAUGUUACAGUUAAUGUCAGACAGUUGGAGAUCCAAAAAAUCAUUUCUACAUUGAUUGAGAGAUCCACAUUGUGUUUGUAGGCUAUGGGGGAUGCCACGACAGACACACGUAUCUGGUCACCCUUGGAGUUUCUCAAACAAUCAGGUGAGAAGAUAUGCCUUAUGAUCCUAAACCAGCCAUUGGCCGGCUGUUUAGACCAACUUCACACUUUGUGGAAUAAAGCUGUGUUGACUGCUUGUGUUGAUGGAGGCACAAAUGAAUUGUACAAGCAUACUGUUCAGGAUUUCCCCCAACUUGUACCUGAUAUAAUCUCUGGGGAUUUUGAUUCAGCAGUAGCUGAUGUGUUGCAGUAUUAUAAAUCCAAGGGCUGUGAGAUAAUCCCAACUCUAGACCAAAGUGAGACAGACUUCACUAAAUGUCUAAGAUUAUUAGUUGACAGGAUAAACAAGAGAAAUCUUCAGGUCAGUGCCAUAUAUGCAUUGUGUGACAUAGGUGGGGACAGGUUUGACCAUGUGAUGGCUAAUGUGAAUACACUAUAUACUGGAGCUCAAUUGUCCAACAUACCAACAUACAUAGUGACCAGGACCUCUAUCAUAUGCUUGCUGACUCAGGGCCAACAUCAAAUUCAUGUGGAGAAAGAGAAUAGAGGAGAUUGGUGUGGCUUUUUACCCAUAGGUGGCAGGUGUGCUAGUGUCACAACAACAGGCUUCAAAUGGAAUCUGAAUGGCGAUGCAAUGGAGUUUGGUGGCUUAAUCAGCUCAAGUAACACAUGGACUGAUGCUGAAGUCGUUACCAUAGCAACAGAUGCUCCUCUUGUCUUUACUAUGGGUCACAAAGUUAAGUAAACCCUCAGAGUGGUGCUAUACAAUUACGUGAGUCAUGGAAUGGACACAUUGUUUGGCUUACGGCAUAAUUUAUUUAUUCUACUUAGAAGUUUCAGAAAGAAAUCCUUCGAGAUUUAAAAGUUUACAAUCUGAUUACUGUUGGAUUUGUUACUGUAUCAACAUUCUCAGAAAAUAAUUAGGUGCUUUAAGAUAAAAAAUAAGUUUGUUUAAAAUCUAUAAGUGUUUUAUACGAUAACCAUCAAGUGUGUUGGUUACAUUUUGACAGAUUACAUGAUUGUGAAACUUUCAUGUAUCAAUAUUUGGUUUCGUGUUACCAUGUAUCUUUCAAACACUGUACCUUUCAAACUUACUGGAGUAGAAAGUCAGUGGUACUUGAAUUAGAAUUUUGAAACAAUAUACUUGCAAUUUUGGGAUGUUUUCAUGGAUGUGCAUCUUUAUAUAAUUUUAUAGAUAUAAUGUAAUAUUAAUGAAUAUAUGGUCUUACAGAAAUCUGUGAUGAAAAUGAGCUUAGCUUGAGAGGCUGUUCUUUUAGUUUUCCUAUAAUUAAAAUCUUGGAAAGUUACAAGUUGAACAUUGCAGAGCCAUUAAAUAAAUCAGAUUGUAAUCAUGGCAUUUCUUUAUGUUGAGAUAAUUCAUGGCUAGAAAAGCUCUAUUGCACGCUGGAUCAUUGAUCACCUGACAAUUAAUUAUGUAUUUUAUAAUUAUUAACUAUUAUUAUUAUUUAUUAAUUAUUAACACUUUUUGUACAGAAGGAAGGAAUUGUAACAAUAUGGGAUAUCGUAAUUUAUAGAAAUAUAGGGCUAUAAACAUGAAAACAUGUAAUAAAUAUAUUACCAUUAGAUGUAUGUGGUCAGUUUGGCCUGUAUGUGUCAGUAUAGCCUGUGAGGUUCAGAUUUUAGAAAGAGGGCUGAAAGGUUUGGUUUUACAGCUCACCCAAGUUGGUAUUUUUGGGGUGGGAAGAUUACAUACAGACAACUGUUCAUCAUGGGCUCAAAAAUCAUAAACAUGCAAUACAGCAUG